GCCAUCCAACAGUCACCGUGCAACGCCCCUGGCUUGUGUUUUCAACUCAUUCUCUCCGUUCAUUCAUUCAUUCAAAGCACAUUCAGUGAAGCGAGGUCGAAGCGCUUCGCGAUCUCCUCCCUCUCUCUCCCGUCCAUCCGCGUUGUCCGCUGCCUCCACCACACCCGCCUCCGGCUACGAUGAGCGACGCCGAGUCGGAGACCGUCCAGGAUUUGAAGGCGCUCGUCGAGAACAUCUUCCAACAGAUCCAGGACAAACUCCAGGGUCUCUCUGACCAAGUUAUCGGAAGAAUCGAUGGGAUGAGCGGGCACGUCGAUGACCUGGAGAGGCAAGUGUCGGAUCUGAUGACCCGGACGAGGCUGGAGGAGUUCGAAUCACACCGCCGCGAGUGGCCGCUUCGCUGAGGCUCCUGGACACGAGAAGAGACAACGUAGAUCGCUGCGCAAUACAUGAGUAGUCUGACCUUACAGCUGCGAUGAUUAGUAGAUUUACGUCGAUUAAUUUGAGUAAUCCAUAAUACACAACGUUUUAAAAUGUUGUGGCUUUGCUCUCCAACACACCGGUGUUGCUGUACUAGUCAUGAAUUGGCACGUUCUGUUUACGUGACAAACCUUACUAAUUGGCUGUGUCGGGUGGCGGUGGGUUUAACCCACAAAACCUCUAUUUUUGGAUGGUAUUGGUCGCGAAAGCCGACUACGUGUUAAACUCAAUUGAGUAAAACAAGAAAUUACAAUCGAA